AUGAGGAUGAAUCCAAAGAGAAACUGCAUCAACGGCGACGACACGUUUAGGGUUCAUCAUGCUGGAAGAGGAAACCGGGUCAGAAUGGAUGUGGAUUUGGGCUUCAGUGGCGAUUUGAGGUCCAUAAAUCCCUUCCCCGUAAAUGAGCAUUCACUUAAACGCAAGAAAGAAGCAGUUGUUGUUGGUGUUGGAGUGAAGUUUUCCCAGAAGGAGAACGUGUUCUUCCACUUCCAGUUUUCUCAAAACUUGUUGGAUGCUCCGGGCUCAUGCGUUGUUGAAGUGACUGCAGAUGGUAAUUGUUUCUUUAGGUUAACGACCCUAAAAUCUAUGGAAACUGAUGGUACAUGGGCUGGACAUAUGGAAUUGCAGGCAGCUUCUCCUGUAACGCGUAGUAAUGUAUGCAUUCAUCGGGUGAGCAGCCCUCGGUGGUACAUAAGAAAUUUUGGGGAUCGUGGAAUUCGUAUGAUCCAUUUGUCUUAUCAUGAUGGGGAGCAUUAUAACAGUGUGCGGUUAAAGGAUGAUCCUUUUGAUGGACCUGCAAGGCCAAUUGUAAUUAAGGCUGAUGCUGAUCUUUCAGUACCAUCACAUCAAACAAAAGUUGUGGACAACAAACCCCAUGGGCGAGCUGGUAGGGAAGCUUUCCAACCAGGGUCCAUAAGGAUGGUUAUGGCAGGAACUGGAUGUGAAAAUGCUGAAAAAGUGGAACAGAUUCUAGAGCAGGUAAAUGGAGAUGUCGAUGCUGCAAUAGAGUUUCUAAUAGCAGAACAAAGAACAGAAGAAUGCUCUGCAAACUCUGAUUCCCUUCCAAGUCAGGCUAAUACUCACAGUAAUGUAUUCUUGUAUAAUAAAUGCAUUUUGUACUUUCUACUAUACUGUUAGAGGGAAAACUAGCAUAUUUUCAUGUUAUUGGCAAUUUUUUCUCUCUCUAUCAUAUUAUGUCUUAGUAGGAUUCAUACUUGUUUAUGUUUAUGCAUUAGCAUUUAUUAUAAACUAUUAUGAUUAGUAGAAAAGAAUUGAAUUUUUUGUUCUAUUGUAACUCUUAUCUCAAAUUUCAAGCAUUUGCUGGUGUUGAUGAAAAUAAGAAUCAUAAACAGCACAAAGAAGACAUGGUAGAGGACAGCACUAAUGAUGAAUCAAAUAAUAGCUCCAAGAAGACCAAUAAUAAUAUCACAUUGCAAUCAAAUGACAUGGUUUUCUAUUUUCUUCUAUUUUUGGUUUAUUGGUGUUUACUUUAAUCCCCUGGGGGGACGGGGGAUGAUCCAAAAUAAAUAUGCUUUUCAUAGAUGGUGUUCUAAUAUUAUGAUGAUAUGAUCUCCUUUGGCAUGCUUUUGUUUGUUGUUCUAACUGCCUCUUCUUUGUGGGGUUAACCACAAGAUUCCUAGAAACAAGGUCUGCCCGUGUGGUUCCAAAAAGAAAUACAAAGCUUGUUGUGGAUCUGCUUUGGGGAAACAAUCGGCUAAGUUUGUUGUGUAUGUGCCUUGGACUUUUCUAUUGCUCUUUUAAAAGUUUCAACUAUUGAGCUAAUGUAUGCAGAGUGUCCAGAAAUUUUUUCCCCGGGAGCUCACAUGAUGUUCUUUGGAUUUAAGUUUGUUGGUUUGAUUUAGUGUGCUACAAGAAUGUAAUCGGGUAGAGUUCCACAGUAAAAGAUUUUAAUGUGUGGGCCAAUAUAUUUGUUGUGUCAGUAACCAAGUAGCUGACUCAAAAAGGGGGUUUCUGCAAAAGCUGAAGUACCUUGUGAAUAUGACUUGGUAACACCUGACAUGGGUACACUUUGUAUUUGAAUUGAUAAUACAUAAGUUAGUUUUGUGCUUCCCCAGAGGAGAUAAACUGCUGAAGGUCAGUAAGUUUUGGCUGUACAUUCCAGUGAUUUGCAAGUUUACUGAAUGGCAUAUAAAGAGAACUCUACCAUAUUUUUUAGUCAUUGCUCUUGUUAUGUCAACUGGUUGAUAUAUGACAUCAUAAUUCGCAUGUUUCAAUUGAAAGUUUUUAAUUCUUCCCAGAUCGUUCUACCUAUAAUUGAGCUCUUCACAACUAAAAUCCUCUAUUCAUACUCAAGAUUUCCAAAUAGAAGGUACUUUAUUUUCUUUCCUUCUAAAUGAGGCAUAGCUUUUAGUAAUCUAACAUGACAACUUGGCUUCCAAGAUGCUAGCUAGAGUUGUAAUAAUUAUGCUGUUAUCGUGCCUUCAAUAUAUAGCACUUUAUAGUUUAUAUAUAGGCUAUACUCAAAAGUGCAUCUUGUGUCCUUGUAAUAUCAAAUAUUAGGAGAUAGCACUACAUGGGGUAUUGUUUUCCCGAUAUGUGGCUUCCUUUUUGUAAACAGGUUUACUUUUGACAGAAACAAUAUCAUGAACAAGAAAAGGAUGUACAAAAGGAGAAAUAGUGUUAUAAGAAUCAUUUAUAAUUUUUGUUGCUUUGGGAAGAACGUGGAAGUCUUGAUCACUCUUUUCAUGGGAAAUGUCGUGUGAGAAUCAGUUUGUCUAAAAUAUAGGUGUUAGAAAUAUUAUUGAUGAUGAUUUGUAGUCAAAAAGUUCAGCUGAACAAGGGUCCUUUCUUCUCUUGACAUUUUUGGCUAGAGUCAAUGAACCUAAUCACCCAGAAUAGAGAAAAAGAUAUUUACAUCAUAUCAAUAGUCUAAGAC